UUGGGUUGAGGGAGCUUCUAUGUGCAUCAAGUCGAAGAGUAACCCCAAGAGUCAUGAAGACUAUCAUGGGGAAAUGAAUAGCGCUACCUUUGAGAAGUGGAUGGAGAAAGAUCUUCUGCCCAACCUGACUAAGCCAUCGAUGAUUGUUAUGGACAAUGCUUCGUACCAUUCGACUAAGACCGAGAAGCAGCCGACGAGCAAUUGGAGAGUUCCUGAACUUAAAGAAUGGUUAACGCAGGAGGGUAUCCCAUUCGACGAGAAGAGCAAAAGGACGGAGCUUUAUCAGUUAUGCAAGAGGCACAAAAAAAUUGUUGAAUGCAAAAUCGAUGGUCUCUGCAAAGGAACUGAUCAUAUCAUUCUGAAAUCACCACCGUAUUGCUUUUUUUAUAAUCCUAUUGAGUUAGUUUGGGGUAACUGCAAAAGGUAUUAUGAUGCACAUUUAGCACCCGGUGGUGAUUAUUCAGAUAAAAUGGUUAUUCAGGUGUGGAAUGAAGCAUUAGCUAGGAUCACCCCAGAGAUCUGGAGCAAAUAUGUUGACCACACGGAAAAAAAGAUUCUUAGUGACUACAAACGUUUUCAUGAAGAAAAAUUUGAAGUCAAACUGGUUGAUGACACGAAUUCCGAUGAAAGCGAUAGUAGUGAUCCUGAUGAAUCGGACAUGGACAUGAUAUCAGUCCAUGGAAGUUAUGAAGGAAUCGAUCAGGAACCCGAAUCAGCUCAACGACGACUUUUUGAUGUUAUUCAGAUGAAAUGA